AGGCUAGAAGCUCCCAUGGAUGAAAUAUGAGGAUGCUGAAGAUGUUCCCAGGAAUAUCCAGCUAUUGCCUUCCAUGGGGUGGACUUCAAAGGAGAUUCUGCCUGAGUCAACCAGCAUGGAGCAGACAGUUCCUGCAGCAUGUUCACUUGAGGGUUGGGGACCGGGCUGAACUCAGCAGGGCCUUCACACAGAGGGAAGUGGCUGCCUUCUCAGAAUUAACCGGAGAUGUCAAUCCUUUGCAUUUAAAUGAAGAUUUUGCUAAACACACCAAGUUUGGAAGGACAAUUGUACAUGGAGUUUUGAUCAAUGGGCUCAUCUCAGCUCUCUUGGGUACGAAAAUGCCAGGACCAGGCUGUGUAUUUCUCUCCCAGGAAAUUAACUUUCCCGCUCCUUUAUAUAUUGGAGAAGUGGUUUUAGCUUCUGCAGAAGUGAAAAAGCUGAAGCGGUUUGUUGCUUUUAUUGCCGUGUCAUGUUGUGUAAUAGAAAGUAAAAAGACUGUUAUGGAAGGCUGGGUCAAGGUUAUGGUUCCAGAAGCUCCCAAAUCCUAACUAUAGGUGUUAAGUUAUAAGUUCAAACACCAGUGUGAUUGUUAUUAAAGAGCAUCUGGGGAAAUGGGCCACUUGCUAUUCAUCACCAAGGAAAGGCCAAGAGACUCAGAAGCUGAGAGAUUCAGAAGCUACGUUAGAGAAGGGGAGCAGGUAGAGGGGUGAGCGGAUGUCCACUCUCCAAUUUGAACUUCACCCAGAGCUAAGUAGAUGCAUGACUACAUCAUCAGUUAAGAAUUUUUUGGUAGUUGUUUUUUGGUGUUUUUAACCAUUGAGCCACAUCUCUGUCCCUUUUAGUUUUUUUAUUUUUUGAGACAGGAUCUUGCUAAAUUGCAUAGGGCCUCACUAAGUUGCUGAGGCUGGCUUUGAACUUGAGAUCCUCCUGCCUCAGUCUCCCGAGUUGCUAGGAUUACAGGUUUGUGCCACUGCAUCCAGCUGUUGAAGUUUUUUAAAUUGAAAAAGAAAGUAUCAGGAGGCUUACUUAUCUGAAGGGUGUACUUUCAGAAUUUAAACCUAGUUAGAUUUGUGUUUGAUAAACACCUACCUAUAUCUGAGUAGAAUAGGUUUCUCACUGGAUUUUUAUAACUGUCAAGCAUUUGCUUGCUGAAGGCAGCAGUGGAACUUGGCUCAUCUUUGAACACUUACCCUUUACCAGUAAAUAUUCUUAGAUACCUUUCUCUCUAUUUCUGGGUCAGUUUAUUGUAAUUUGUUAUUUACACCAAGAUGGCAUCUUGCUCACCUUUCUGUGAAACUUGCCUUUCAGGUCACUGUUACCAGAGAAGGGCUUGUGGGCAGACUUGGAUUCAAUUAUGUAAACUGUGUCUCAUCUAGAAAAUAGCCAUAACAUGUACUGGGCAGGAUUAUUGUUGGGAACAGCAGAUACACAGUUAAGCAUAAGGCUCAGCUGUGAACAGUAGCUGCUAUUGUCCAUUUCCUCUGUGAGUGAGGUUAGGAGUUUUCUUACAUUUAAAACAAGGUAGCCUACAAUUAAGCAGGUAUCAGACCAUCUUUCAGGCUGUCAGUCAAUCUGUAUUAGUAUUUUAAUCUUGGAAUUGAAUCUUCAAUGCAGAGUUCCUAUUUUAACAAUCCAGACAGAUUCUUUUCUCCCUCCCUUGGAAAUUUGGGUUCACAUUGUAUAGAUACACAAAUACAUGCUUUAUUGUAAAAAUAGAAGAAAUAAAAGGUAUAAGAAGGCCAAGUUCUUCAAAGAGUUUUGGGGUAUUGAAGGGGUAAUGUGGACUAAAUAAAUGAUCAUCCCUAACACAGCCCACACUUUUUUUCCCCCAAUACUGUGGAUUGACUCCAGGGUUGCUUUACCACUGAGCCAGUCCUUUUUAUUUUUUUAUUUUGAGACAGAGUGUGGCUAAAUUGCUAAGACUGGCUUUGAACUUGUGAUCCUCCUAUCUGUGCCUCCCAAAUCACUGGGAUUAUAGCACCUGGUCAUACAAGUGUUCCACCUGUGCUCUUGUAGUUUUAGAUGGUAACUCUGACACAGUUAGAUGCUUUGAUUAAGAGGAUAAGAUCAGGGGUAACUGGUUGAUUCCACCAGAUUUCCAGGAAAAGUUUUUCUUGGGCUGGUGGGUAAGUAACCAGAUUUUAAUUUUUUUAUUUUACUUCUUUAUUAUUUUUUUAAACAAAGGGUUGCAGUUGGACAGAUAACUAGAAAAAAGUUAUUCUAAUCACUAGAGGGCAGUGUUAUACAUAAAGUGAGUGUUUCCUGUGGUUUGUGAAAUUGGAAAGAAAAUACCAAGGUCCACUUCAAAGGAAGCUGAUUCACAGAAUAGGCAGCGUGUGCAGACCGAGAUCCACCUAAAGAAAAAUCAUUUAUAGGUGAAUUACUAGACUUACUGAAAGUUUCUGAUAACAUCAAAACAACAGAGAACUUGAGACCAAGUUGAACUCAUUCCCUGGGACUUAAAGCAGUCUUAUUAAGUGUGGGCCCAUAAAUGGACUGUGAGGUGUUCAUUAAUAUUAGUAGCUGCCAUUUUUGAAAUUUGUAAUGAGCUGAUUUUCUACAUUUACUCUAAUCCUUGAAACAACUUUUUGAAGUUAGGCUUAUGUCCUUUAUGGGCAAGGGAACAGACUGAGGCUGUGUGACUUGUGCCAUGUUGUAUAGCUAAUGUGCAGUAGAGCUGGGAUUCAGGCUUGAGGCUGCCUGGCUCCAAAAACUUUCUUUCCUAUGUCACCCUGUAGGUGUUACAGUAUUACUGUUCUUAGAGCACUAUCAGGUUUUUGUUUUUUGUGUUUUUUUUUUUUUUUUGCUGGUAUUAUGUGUGCCAUUAAAGUAAUGGAAAUCAUUCUAUGGAAUUCUUACAUUUUAGAAAGUUCUAGAACUUAUUCCUGACUACAGUUAUUGUUUCCUUUUAUUCUGGUUGGCUUACACAAAUCCACCUUAAAUCCAACUUUUCCUAAGUUGUUACUCAAUGAUUGUCUUCAGAGUAAGAAUUGCUAAAAGGGUUAGCUUAAAAAUAAAAAGUUAUAUGCAAGCCAA